AUGGGCGACGCUAACUUCGACUGUGUACCUGACCGCCUCCUGGCCUACUUCGCUGAUUACAGGCCCUGCGCCUACGCUGACCCGGACUCCCCACCCUCACGCCCGUCUAGUGCUCUCAGUGGUGGCAGUGGCUCAUCCUUCAUCAAUUACACCGACUCCGAAGGGGAGACAAGUUCCUCGAGCGCCCCAGACACUUACGUGCACCCCAGACUCGUCGCCAGUACCAUGCUGAGAGACAAGAAGCGGUGCAUAUUGUGCGGAUCGAAGAAAGAACUGACCGUGAUACGCGUCACUGGUUCAGACGACGAGAAGCAAAGAGUGCGUGCUGUCUACACACUUAGCAUGCAACCACUCACCUCGCUGUGCGAUAAGAUCUCAUGGCUAUUUUGUCUUGGACUCAUCCCCGAGCACUUCCAUCGUGACCACACUUCGAAUCUCAUGACCUUAUGCCGCCGACAUGGUGUUGCUUAUCGGUCACACGUAUGGCGAUUCGUGCCAUGUAAGGAAGACAGGAGGGCUAUGCUUGCGUAUGAAAAACAGGAUCGGAUGGCGCGGCGGCAGAAUUCCAGUCGAAAAUCGCACAUUGUAACGCGACAAGUGCCCAAGCUCUCCCAUCGGUUUGACUUGGCUAUCUUCCAAGUAGCUCAAAUGCCGGCAUACGAAUUCGCAUCGGGACUUCCGGUUUCGACCAGUGUUGACCGAGGAAAGCGAUCGUACGCAACAUUACCAAUUGAGCCGUACGCCGCCUUCAGUGCCACACUUGGCGUGGCCGGGUCCUGCUAUUGGCCACCUCCGGACGCGUUCCUGGAGGACAUCGAGAAAGACCUCCGUGAUCUCAGAAAUGCCUAUAACGACUCGAUAUGA